AGACCUUCACCUUCAUUAUGCUUCUGCGAAUGAAAAUCAUGAAAAUAGACAGUUUUUCCUAGAUAUUUCUUUACAUACCUUUUGACAAGGAAAAGUUCAUCGCGAUAAGUUAAGAACUAUACGGAAAAAGGUUUUGUCAUUCAGUUUUGUGAUGAACUGAAACUGAGCAGAUGUUGUUUUAUAUCUGCGACUGAUGUCUGUCAACAGCUUUAUUCCGUGUUCUGGAGGUUAAAGGAUAUUUCUAGCUUAAUUGGGAAGGUUAUAUCCUCAGGAACAAUUAGACAGUAAAACUCGAGUUGGAUAAAUGUAAUCUAUCUAAAAAAAUUUGCUAAAGAAACUUUCUGUUAUACUAAAAAUGCAGUUAACAGCCAUUUGUGAACAACAUUCAGAUGAUAUAUAUUGGGAAUUUAAUGGACGGAUUUGGAAGCAGCAAAUGUCAUCGAGCGGAAAGCACAAGAGUGCAAUGAUGUCAGCUGAAGUUAUGCCAGGGUCUUCAGCAGAUGUUGAGAAAGCUAUUGCUGAUGAAGAUGCAAAUGUGGCCAUUCCAGCCAAGAAGGCAAAAGUCGAAAAAGAUCAGCCAAAUUCUGACACACCAGAAGAUGUUAAUGCAUAUAUGAAAAGGACUUACGAUGUUAGAAGAAGUUACAUUACGGUUGAAUUGCCGACAAUAAAUGAAGUGAAAGAAAGUUAUCCCGAACUUUUUGUUGACAGGCAAAUCAUGCUUGAGUUUGAGAGGAUAACUGAUAUAGAUUUAGACCAUGCGUUACAGGAAUAUUGUGUUUCUCAUUGGCGUGACAUUACUGAUAUGUGUCACAAAAUUCCGAGUGCAAAAGAUCUCUUGAAGCAAGCGGAAGGCGUUAAGAAGGAAAGCCCGUCCCUAGAGCAGUACUGGGAUAUGGUUGCAUCAUUAUGUCUCGUCCCUUACAUGAUGAAGGAAAACUUGUGUGAUAUGGUGAUUGAAAUUGGAGAAGAUGAGCAGGUUGAUCCAAAAGGAAAAAUAGUUCCUGUUCUUAUUUCUAAGGGUAACGUUUUUAAAAGUGAUGAGUUUAUUCUUGUUGUAGAAGAAGAAGUUGUUCAGGAAUUUGAGGAAUUUACGAUUGCAUUUGCAAGUCUUUUUGCAACAUACUGGAUAUUUAAUAUGGAAUAUCCAGACACUUUGGUGUAUACAUACAACUUUAUCCAGAAGGUAAUGGUUGGGCUGAAGGAUGGUACCGCAUUGCCUACACCUUGUAAAGAAAUUCAGCAAAAGUUGAUAAAAAUGGCUAAAGUACGCACCAAUAAAGACAAGCAAAAGUGAUUCCAGAUUUAUACUGAAAACUUGUUAUAUAUACUUUAAGCUUAUAAACUUUCAGAAAAGGAAAAAUAUGAAGGCAGCAAAUAUUUCAUUAUGUUUGAGGUGAGAUAGAUGUUGCUGUAAGCAAUUCAAAUGCGUGUAGGACUGGAUACCACGAAGGUGAUGAUCUAUUAAUAUACUGGUGAUUAUGUCGUAAACUAUGUAUAUAGGAACUGGUAAACAGUUUAUGUAAGAAGGAACUAAGAAGCCAAACAUACUUUUGCAUAUUAAGGACCAAGACCAGUGCUUUUUGCAGUAUCUACUAAGAGCUUGACAUGUUUGAAUGUGGUAUGGGCAAGACACUGUUCAUUGAUUUUUAAUACACAGUUUUUGAUCUGCAUUUGUAUAACUUUGUUAAGGUAUUUUUACAACUGAUGUCCCUAGUUUUGUUUUCUCAUGAGGCAGUUUUCAAAGAAUUUCUGAUUUUGUCAUAGUUUGCUGAAUGUCUUGUGGAUGACAUACAGUUUUAUUUAUACAUGUGCCAUCCAGCUGGUUUACGGAUGGUUGGUGGUUCUACCCAGGUGCUCGCCCGUGAUAAAAUAAUGCACGGAUGGGCACCUGGGGUCUUCCUCAACCAUCAAAGCUGGAAAGUUACCAUAUGACCUAUGAUUGUGUGGCAUUAAACCCAACAAAAACAAAAACAAAACUUUAUACAUGUUUAGUUCAAGAAGCUUUUGAUAAUGUUAUUUGAUGCUUUAAGAAACUAUUUGUUGUGUAUACUCAUUCAAUGUCACACUGUAACAUAAAGUAACUGUACACCUUAUAACAUAACAAAAUGGCAUAUUUUGUCAAAAUGAUGCAUCACAAGGACCCUGAAUCUGUCUAUAUAGAUAUAGGCAUGCUGUACUGAAACUGUCUAUAUAGAUAUAGGCAUGCUGUACUGAAUCUGUCUAUAUAGGCAUGCUGUACUGAAUCUGUCUGUAUAGAUAAAGGCAUGCUGUACUGAAUCUGUCUGUAUAGAUAUAGGCAUGCUGUACUGAAUCUGUCUGUAUAGAUAUAGGCAUGCUGUACUGAAUCUGUCUGUAUAGAUAUAGGCAUGCUGUACUGAAUCUGUCUGUAUAGAUAUAGGCAUGCUGUACUGAAUCUGUCUGUAUAGAUAUAGGCAUGCUGUACUGAAUCUGUCUGUAUAGAUAUAGGCAUGCUGUACUGAAUCUGUCUAUAUAGAUAUAGGCAUGCUGUACUGAAUCUGUCUAUAUAGGCAUGCUGUACUGAAUCUGUCUGUAUAGAUAUAGGCAUGCUGUACUGAAUCUGUCUGUAUAGAUAUAGGCAUGCUGUACUGAAUCUGUCUGUAUAGAUAUAGGCAUGCUGUACUGAGAUACAGGCAUGCUGUACUGAAUCUGUCUAUAUAGAUAAGGCAGCUGUACUGAAUCUGUCCAUAUAGAUACAGGCAUGCUGUACUGAAUCCGUCUAUAUAGAUACAGGCAGCUGUACUGAAUCUGUCCAUAUAGAUACAGGCAGCUAUACUGAAUCUGUCUAUAUAGAUGCAGGCAGCUGUACUGAAUCUGUCCAUAUAGAUACAGGCAUGCUGUACUGAAUCUGUCCAUACAGAUACAGGCAUGCAGUACUGAAUCUGUCUGUAUAGAUAUAGGCAUGCUGUACUGAAUCUGUCUAUAUAGAUAUAGGCAUGCUGUACUGAAUCUGUCUAUAUAGAUAUAGGCAUGCUGUACUGAAUACCAGAAUGAAUUUUGUUAAUAGUUUGUACAAGGCAGUUCACAUAGUUUUUAGUUGAGCUACUUUUUUUGAUUAUUUGUAAAAACCCUUACAUCACACAAGUCCUGACCACUGUAUCACUGGUCCAGAGUCAUAACAGGACUGUGAUGUAUAAAUUAUGUUUUGUUUCAUCUUUCCAAUUUGUUAUACUCGUGAAUAAGACUGAAUUUUAUGUAAUGCUUACUUGAAUAUCAUAGGAAAGUUGAAUUGCUGAUAUACAGGUGUAGAAUAAAAACCCUCCUAGGCAAAACCCCUCCUAAUGAAUUUUGUAUAAGUGGACAAAACCUUAUAAACUUCCUUAUUUUUUAGCUCGACUAUAGUCUAGCUAUUCUACUCACCCUGGCGUCGGCAUGGGUGUCACACCUUGGUUAAAGUUUUGCAUGCAAGUACAUAUGGCUAUCAUUUAAAGACAUAUAGCUUUGAAACUUAUUUUUUCAUUUUCUAGGUCAAUAAUCAACCUCACUGGGUCAAGUCCCAUAACUCUGACAUGCAUUUUGAGCAAAUUAUGCCCCCUUUUGGACUUAGAAAAUCCUGGUUCAAGUUUUACAUGCAACUUACUAUCUCCAAAACUAAUGCAGGUAUUGAAUUGAUACUUCACAUGUGUCUUCGGGGUUAUAAAACUAGUUGAUAGCAUCAAGUCCCAUAACUCUGACCUGCAUUUUGGCCAAAUUAUGCCCCCUUUUGGACUUAGAAAAUCCAGGUUAAAGUUUUGUGUGCAAGUACAUACAGCUAUUACUUAAAAGGCGUAUAGAUUUGAAACUUAUUUUUUCUUUUUCUAGAUCAAUUACCAACCUCACUGGGUCAAGUACCAUAACUCUGACAUGUAUUUUCUGCAAAUUAUGCCCCCUUUUGGACUUAGAAAAUUCUGGUUAAAGUUUUACAUUUAAGUUACUAUCUCCAAAACUAAUGCAGAUAUUGAAUUGAAACUUUACAUGUGUCUUCGGGGUUAUAAAACUAGUUGAUAGCAUCAAGUCCCAUAACUCUGACCUGCAUUUUGGCCAAAUUAUACCCCCUUUUGGACUUAUGAAACUUAUUUUUUCUUUUUCUAGAUCAAUUACCAACCUCACCCAGGGUCAAGUCCGAUAACUCUGACAUGUAUUUUGGGCAAAUUAUGCCCCCUUUUGGACUUAGAAAAUGCUGGUUAAAGUUUUACAUGCAAGUUACUAUCUCCAAAACUAAUGCAGAUAUUGAAUUGAAACUUUACAUGUGUCUUUGGGGUUAUAAAACUAGUUGAUAGCAUCAAGUCCCAUAACUCUGACCUACAUUUUGGCCAAAUUAUGCCCCCUUUUGGACUUAGAACCUGCUUCUGGGACAGUAAUUCAAAUAGUUGAGCAUUGGCUGUCUUAUGGACAGCUCUUGUUAUUUUAAGAUAUUUCCAUGGACUGUAAAGGAACAGUUUAUAGGUUUAUAAACAGUUGUCACUGUAAUAUAAAAAUAAUUUCAUAGUUAUUUACUAGAUUUAAUAUGUCAGAUGUUUCUUUUAAAUGCAUGUGAGGGUUUUUAUCAGCUUCAUGAAAUGUCAGUGGAGGCUUUAGGGGUUGUCCAUGUGAAGGACUAGAAUUGCAGUGGGAGGGGUUUUUUUUCUGGGAGCAGUUUUGUACGGCUCCAGAUAUAUCUAGUACAUAUGCAUUUCCUUCUCUGAGACUUGGGCUGGACAAUGCAUACAUGUAUCACUGACUUCAAAUAUCGGAGCAUUUUCAAGCUUAUAAUGUCCAGAUGGUGCAUUUUAGCAGAUAUUGACUGCAACAACAAUUCACAUCAUCAUGAUCCCAUUUUUAGAAUUGAACACGAAUAAUAAAAUUUGAUAAAUGAUCAGGAAAAUCUGCAAAUAUAAAUGAAUUUCUGCAAUUUUCAUUAGGUACACCCACUGCAGUCUUUAGACAAGGGGAGCUCUGGUCUAGAGGUUAAAGUGUCUGCAGCUCAUUUCGAACGUCUUUGGUUCAUGCCCUAUUUGGGGUCAUGACAGCACCUCAUGUACUUAUUUUCCUAGAAAGCUUCUUUGGCAGUUGUUCUAAUAAACAUAAAAAAGAUCAAGCUAAGAUAAUGUAGUAUAAACUUUCCACUCCUGCUUUAUCCAUACCCAGAUAGAAAAUAAAAACAAAAUUGAGAUUCAUUUAACAAAAAAAAAAAAGGAAGUGUGCAUAGCGUUUUUUUUUUAAGGUCUAAAAUAGAGGACAAGAAAUUGUUUGUUAUAUGAUCUUGUUAAGGAUGUGUUUAUUUUGCAUUUAUUUUGUAUAUAAGUGUAGUAAUUGACAACUUAAUUUUAUCAAACAUGCAAAAACAUUCCGCAGUUUGAUUCUUCGGUAACAUUGACUUGUCUAUACAGGGCAUACAAAAUUUUUUAAGAGAUAUAUCUCCACGUUGAUAUAUAUGUUUUCUAAUUUCAGAAAUUUUUCCAAUGGUUAUUAUAAAUUAAAAAGAAAAAAUGAUAUGAUUGAGACAUUUCACAGUAUUUAUAUAUGAAAAACACUUGUUUAUUCUUUGAUAGACAGAAACUGAAAGGUGUUUUAAAGCAUUUGUCUUGCAAUAGAAGAUUGAGGGAAAAUAGAAGGAAUUAAGUGUUACUUUUAUAUCAGACUGGUAAAUAGUCCAUACUAUUACCCUGUAUUGAUUUAUGAGCUUUGAUACACAUCAUGUUGCUGUUCUUCUGGAGACAUGUCUGUCCCUCUUCUCAGUUAAAUACUUACUUAGAAAAUCAUUCAUUGCAAUUAAAAUGAAAUUGACUAAAGACAAAGUAUGCAUGUUAAAGUCAUUGAAAGAAAGAUGGGAUUUUUUUGGUUAGCAUAUUUUAGCCUUGUAUAUUCAGGUAAAUGAGAUUGGAAAAUCACUUUUUGCUUUUUGUUGUUCAUGAUAAUCACAGAAUGUAAAAUAGUAGUCAUGUUUUUUUUCAUCUUUGUGCAGAACGGUAAAGUAAGUAUAUAAAGACUGUUUGCGGGAAAGUCUUUAUUAGCAAGUGGUCUUGAGAUCAGCUGAAUAUAUUCAGAAAUGUAAGUGUUAGUCUUUUGGUAGUCUCACUGUUCACAGUUUUUAACACAGGAUUUGAUUGAAUGUGGAAGCAGGGUGAAUGUGAAACCUUGGUAAUAAGUUUUCUUUUCUAACGUGCGGAAUCAUGUAAAUUAGAGCAUCAGUGAUGACAAUGAGGAUAGUUUGCACCGCGCCAGAUCAUUGUGUUAUAUGUUAGAAUGUUAUUAAAUUGAUAAUGAUAUCAUGUAUGAAAUUGGAAACCGUUUCUGACAAAGUUAGAUAGUCAUUUGUAUUUAAUUUUUAUUAUUAUUUUCUAGAUUAUUUCUCUGCAAAAAGUUGUUACAAAUGACUGAGGAAUAAAUUUAAUGAUCUUUCAUGAAUGUUUGUUUAUAAAUACAUCAUAGCAUUUUUCAUUAGACAUUUUUAUAAGAUCAAUUACGUUUAGUUUAAAAAUACUGUAUGCUUCCUUAUAUUGCCUUGCAGGCACUUUCUAUUUGAGUGUCAACCAUAAAAAAAGGAGAUAUUUGCUCGGAUAUGAAUUCAAGCCCAUCACAACUAGAUUCAUACAUUUGGGCUCGGUCAGGCAGAACAUAAAAUACGGAAGUAAACAGAAUUUACCCGUUGUUACUGGAUUCUUGAAGUGUGAAUGUAACUUGUUUUUAACUAUUUUUUUGCUUGUCUGAUUAUUUGAAAAAAAUCUGCAAGGCUUUGUUAUCAUUUGAUAGUCAGUGUUGAUGUUGGUUAAGAUUUUUGUUUAGGUCUCCUUUCUCUCAGAAACGGCAACGAGUUAUAGCUGUGCAUUUUUGCAUAUUUCUUUAUCAUCAUUAGUUAAGUAAGCAGGCCAUACUUGCAUUUUAUUAGAAGUAUUACCAAUUUUUUAUAUGUAGAAAAUAGAGUUUCUUCGUGGAAUGUUUUGUUUAGGUCCACUUGAAACACUGUAGAAGUAGUAGGUUUGAAACUUUGCAGACUUGUUAAUAGUUAUCAAAGGAGCUUUGGCCCAGAACCAUAAUUCUUGCUGCAUUUUAUUAGAAUUAUGGCCCAUUUUGUACUUGAAAAGUUGAAUUUUCUAGGUUAAUCUUUUGUCUUGAUAAACUACAUGAAUACCUUUGAUAUAUUGUGCACUUGUUUAUUGUCAUUAGUCGAAUAUGUAGGCCAAGAACCAUAACUCUGACUUGGCUUUUCUUGAAUACUAUAACUUUGAAACUUUAUACCCUUUUACCAUCAGUAAGUGAAUAAGAAAGCCAAGAACCUUAACUCUUUUCUUGUAUAUUGUCUCAUGUCUAGCACUUGCAGACAAGCAUUAACAUGUGCAGUCCGUGCUCUUGUUUGUAAUUGAAACUGUAUAGAGAUCUCAGUAAGCUCAAUAUAUGUAAUCUGCCAUUAGGCCAUUAUUGAUAGAAUAUGUUACACCCUUAUGGAGCAACUAGGGAAUAGUGCUACCCUGUGACUUGUACUGUUACAUUUUGUCACCUCGUCACAAAAAAUUGAGAUCUGUAUUCAUAUAGAAAAUCUCUUAUCUACUUUUUUGAGGAGAUGAUAAAAACACUAAAAUAAAAAUAAUGUAUAGCAGAAAUGUGUUUUAAUGAUGCUCCCCUGAAGAUAGGGUAUAUUAUUUUGCUUAUUGUCAGUCAGUCUGUAGGUAGACCAUUUGGUUUUCAAUCAAUAACUAGAGAACGCUUGGUGUCAAAAUAAGUCAACCUUAUUUGGGUUAUUGCCUGCAAACAGUAGAUGACACCUAUUGUUUUGGGGUCAGUAGGUCAAAAGUCAAGGUCACAGCAACUUUGAGCCUGAAAAUUGUUUCCGCUCAAUAACUAAAGAAUGCUUUGUCCUACAGUUGUAAAACUUUAUAGGAUGCUUGCCUGUAGUCAGUAGAUGAACCCUAUUGCUUUAAUGUUUAAUAGGUCAAUGUCGCAGUGACACACAGACUGAAAAUGGUUUCUGUUGAAUAAACAGAGGUCGCUUUGGCAUACUGUUCUCCAAUUCCAUAGGAUGAUUGUUAUGGUCAGCAGACAACCGUGGUUGUUUGGAUAUAGUAAGUCAAAGAUCUCGGUCACAGUGACUUCAACACUGAAAUUGUUUCCACUCAAUAACUUAAGGUCCAAAGGUCAAAGGUCACAGUAACAAAUUUACCUUGAAGGUCAAAUCUUUCUGUCAUAUUUCGUGUUCGGAGCACAACUGAAAACUAUUCAAUGUAUUGACUUGAAACUUGGAAUAUAGGUAAAUAUUGAUGAGACAGUGAGCAAAGUACAACAAUCCACAUUACUGUAUCAAUCAACCCAUAAACUUCUUAUUAACCCCCCAUCUAAUCCCGCUAAAAAGCAACAAAAACAAAAAGUUCUGCUGUUGGUUGUGCCUUAGUAUCCCAUCACUGUGGCUACCCAAUCCCCUCUCACUGUCGCAUAUUACUCCCACUACAUACACCUCCCAAAAAAACAGUCUUUAGAUUUAAUUUCCCCCUCCAAUCUAAAACUUUGGGCUUGUGAUGCCCUGCUCUGUGGAGCUCUCGUUGUGUAUUAUGUUUAUAUACACAUUCUUUUAUUUAAUAAUUUUCUAUCAUUUGUAUUAAGCAGCUUAGGAAAGCUUGUUGUGCAUUUCAUAUAUGUAAAAUAUAAGCUUAGUUAUUAAAGAAACAAUUUCAGAGUAUCAUCUUCCUUGAAAUGAUGUUCAUUUGUUGAUGGUAAUUUUUUGGAAAAGAAGCAUGUAGAAAGAGUUUGAAAGAUGUACAAUCAUUGUUUUAUAAUUUCAUUUUUUUACAUCAAAGUUUGGUGCAGCAUGGUAAAGGUCUCUAGUCACUUCAUCAAUUUUUCUUUUCAUUUUCAAAUUUAUUAUGUUUGGAUCAUGUUCAUCUAUUUUUAUGUUGAUCAAACUUUCUUAUGUUUUAAAAGAAACAGUUAAUCAUGCUUUCAUCAUUAUUAUACCCCAGAUGCAAAAUAUAUAUUAGGGCUUUAUUGGACAUACACAUUUCCAUCUGUCCCUCAUGUCCCUGUGUAUUUUCUUAGCCACAAGGGAGUUUACAUUAAACAUGCAUGAUUUAAGAACCUUAUUAAGACAAUGUGCACAAUUCACUAUAUUCAAAGUCAAAUUGAGGUCAAAGGUCGAAUAGCAUUGACGAUUGAUUUUCAUAAAACCGGCCUUGUUUGUUUACCACAUCAAGAAGGCGUGAAGAGCAUAUACCAAGGUCCCACUCGGAGGUCAAAGAUCCUAUAGCCUAACUUUAUGUCCGCUCUGUAGCUUAACUGCUUGGAAGAUUUUCAUAACACUAGCAACAACAAGUUAAAGCAUAGCAAAAGUUCCUUCUAGGGCACAUCUAUCAUUUUGUAAAAUUUUGGUUGCAAUGUCUGUUUUAAAUACUGGUCAUCAGUGUGUGGAACCCCAGGAUUGGAUGCAAGGACAAGACCACUCUAUGUUAUUGACAUAUAUAUUUGCUGUAUAUUUUUCUGUUAACAUCCUAAUGUAGUGAUUUGAUGCGCUAACAGUCUAUGUCCUCGCACACAACAAACUUAGUGGUCAUUGAUCAAGUAAUUCAUGGCUAUAGUUUAGUAGUAUCUGUCCUAAAUCUCGUGAGUGUGACAUCCGGGCAUUCGAAGCGUGAAUUUGUUGCGCACAAUGGGAGGGUAGCAAUGGGGUUUGUUUUCACAUAUUGACCAUGUAUUUGAAAGUAACGACGUAUGUUAACCUUUUUGACAAAUAAGAUGUUUGGCAUGUUUCAACAACGCCUCUUUUCAUUUCUCGGGUUAAGUAAUAUGUAAUCCACGGAGCGCGAUCAGCCAAAGAGUCGCCUCAGUUAGGAAAGAAUAAUUUUAACGUCAGGUUAUUAGUCCCCUACUGGUUGAAAAACAGUUUUGGGGACUAUAGGAAUGCGCUGUUCUGUCAUUCCGUCUGUCCAUCUGUCCGCAAUUUCGUGUUUGGUCCAUAACUCUGUCAUCCAUGAAGGGAUUUUAAUGUUACUUGGCAUAAAUGUCCCCCAUGAUGAGAUGACGUGUCAUGCGCAAAACCCGGACCCCUAGCUCAAAGGUCAAGGUCACAAUUGGAGGUCAAAGGUCAACGGCUUUUUUUCCUGUCUGGUCCAUAACUCUCCCAUCCAUGAAGGGAUUUUAAUAUUACUUGGCGCAAAUGUACCUCAUAAUAAGACGAUAUGUCAUGCACAACUUUCAGACCCCUAGCUCAAAGGUCAAGUCACACUUAGCAGUCAAAUAUUAACAUGGCAUGAACAGGGUCUGUUUCGUGUCCAGUCCAUAACUCUUGACAUUCAUAAAGGGAUUUUAAUAUCACUUGGCACAAGUGUUCCCCAUGAUGAGACAACGUGUCAUGCGCAAAUCCCGGACCCCUAGCUCAAAGGUCAAGGUCACAAUUGGGGGUCAAAGGUCAACAGAGCUUUUUUCCUGUCUGGUCCAUAACUCUACCAUCCAUGUAGGGAUUUUAAUAUUGCUUGGCACAAAUGUUCCCCAUAAUGAGACAACGUGUCAUGUGCAAAACCUGGACCCCUAGCUCAAAGGUCAAGGUCACAAUUGGAGGUCAAAGGUCAAUAAGGUUUUUUUCCUGUCCGGUCCAGAACUCUGUCAUCCAUCAAGGGAUUACAAUAUUACUUGGCAUAAGUGUUCCCCAUGAUGAGACGCUGUGUCAUGCGCAACACCUAGAACCCUAGCUUAAAGGUCAAGGUCACACUUUGAGAUCAAAGGUCAAUAGGAUUUUUUUCUUGUCCGGUCUGUAACUUUGUCAUGCAAAAAAGGAUUUAAAUAUCAGUUGGCACAAAUAUUCCCCUGGAUGAGACAUGUCAUGCGAAAAACCCGGGCCCUAGGUCUUAUGUCAAGGUCACACUUAGAGACCAAAGGUCAGAUACAAGAAUGACUGUCCGGAGCAUUUCUUCUUUAUGCAUGGAGGGAUUUUGAUGAAACUUGGCACAAAUGUUCACCAACAUGAGACGGAUUGUCAUGCGCAAGAACCAGGUCCCUAGGUCUAAGGUCAAGGUCAUGUUUAGAGGUCAAAGGUCAAAUUCAAGAAUGACUUUGUCCGGAGCAUUUCUUCUUCAUACAUGGAAGGAUUUUGAUGUAACAUGGCACAAAUGUUCACCACCAUGAGGCACCUUUGUUUUUAGAAUUACAUCCCUUUGUUUUACUAUAAAUAGAUUAUAUUGUAACUUCUUUUUAACUGGCCGUAGAGAAAAAUCGAGACCACUUUUCUGUGGUACAACAUGCAUGUUACAUCCAAUUUUUAGGUGUAUUUUGACCUAUCUCUACCAGGUAAAGAGUUUCUUGUGGACAUAUUAUAUAGAAGUUUUUUUGGUUUUUUUGUUUUUUAGGAUAAAUUCCCUUUGUUAUUACUGUAAAUAACUUAUAUGAUAACUUUUUUAUAAUCGGCCAAAAAAAUUCAAUAUGAAAACAACUGUGGGUUUUUAUAUAUGCAAAUUUUAAUCCAAGUGUUCUGUUAUAACAUAUUGUAUAUAUAGUACAGUAUUGUUUAUACAUCAUUGACAGAUAUCAGUUCAUUAUGUUAUACUGCAGUGGAGAAAAUUAGGUGCCUUCCAGUAGGGGACUUUGUUUGCAUGGCACUACUUCAUUCACUUGUUUCUAAGGUCACGGAGUUUAAUUGGCCAGCUUGUAAUGAGAACAGUUUGCAAGGUCAUUUGCUCAGUCAAGUGUGACUUACCAACUCUAAGUAGACAUGCAGCCCAGGUCAUUAGGUCCUAGGUCAAGGUUAUACUUGAGGGUCAAAGGUCAUGAUCACAGCAUUCUACUUUCCCUGGUAUGGUCAAUUUUAGCCAUAGAGAUUGUUACUUUACAUGUAGAUGUAUGGAAUUAUAAUGUAUGAUUAUUCAUAUUAAACUGAAAGCUAUAAUGUUGAUGUUUAGUGUAGGGGAUGCCAGCUGGAUUUUGGUCCAAUUUAAACUUUUUUCAUACAAAUUUUCACAUGUUAACCAUAUCUAAUGUCUAGCGAUCUAUAGUAAACUUGUAUGUAUAUACUUGAAUUUGCCAAAAAUAUGGAAGAUAUUUAUGACAACUAUGAACUGUUAAUGUUUUGUUGGUUAAAAAAUAUAUCCCACUACUUGGUCAUUAGGUAAUAGAAAGCGCGAGAUUUCGUAUACUUACAAGGCAGAUAAAAGGGGAUGCAUCUAGCACCCGCGCCUCCCCCUCCAGAAUCCAAUGGUUGCACAUGUUUGACAGCCUUAAAUUGAGAAUCAGUCAGAUUUACUGUAAAUUUUCAGCUCACUUGUCUCACAAAACCUUGUGUUAAUGGUAUUAAUAAUUUCUGAACAUCUGUAGAGACAAGAGUAUUUCUAUUUACAGGUAUCUUACACAAGUUUCACUGUAAUGGUGCAGUUACCUGUUGUUAAGGAUGCAUGCACAUUGUGUAAAAAACAAAUGUUUCUUUUCUUUCCGAAGAGUAUUGUUGCAACUGCAUUUAGCUAAUCAUUAUUGUGCAUUAUGAAGGAAAAUUAGCUAAUCAUUAUUGUGCAUUAUGAAGGAAGUUUAGCUAAUCAUUAUUGUGCAUUAUGAAGGAAGUUUUAUAUAUAACCAAAUGACAAGCAUUGUUUUAUGUAAUGUAGAAAAGACUUCAUGUUGAAGAAUUUAAAUAUGUCUCGUGCAUAAAUCUUACAGUCUGCCAUAGCCAUAUUUGUGCUUACAACCUGCCAUAAUUUCAACAAUAUUGCCACAGUCGUACUUGUUUUUCAUGCAACAAAAUAACAACAUUUCGUGUCAGUUUAGUUAGAAAUUUAGAGAAAAACAGAAGGAUAUAAGCUGCUUGAGGGAGAAUUGUGUUUGAAAUAUUUAGUCCCCUUCAGAAGGAACAUCUGGUGGUUAGAGGGCGGGUUGAAAUUUGAAAUGUUUUACAGUUUUAACAGUUUCAAGCAGUUACUGUCUUACAACAUUUUAGACAAUACAAAAGUACAGAUAUAUACUAAAUUUAAAAAUUUAAGUUUAACAGAUUCAACAAGAUGUUCCCAUAGUAACCAUAGAUGUCUCAUAGAUGUGAGAUGACUGUACAAAACUCUCAUUAUACCAUGUAACUGUAUUAUUUGGCUUGAAAAAGAUUUGUUGUUUUGUUGUAAGCUAUAUCUUCUUGAAAUGAGUAUUUUCCUUAAGUCUGUAUGUCAUAAAUAGAUUUCUUUAUAAAUUCUGUUGAUUGUAAUAUUUUUAAAUGAAUACAAGUGUUUACUGCCUUUUAGAUUUUGAAAAAUAAAUCACUGCUGUUGUUAACAUAUUUUAUGCUAAAAUAUGGCAUAUGUGUAUUAGAUGUUUGAGGAAGGAUGCAAUAGUACAAAAGUAGCCUGACAAUUUGUCAGUCAUAUUUAAAAUUGCUUGUACCAGUUAUGACCAAAAUCUAUCCAGACAGUAAUCUUUCAGGUUUUGGGAAAUGGUAUACAUAAUGUCCAUGUCAGUUAUCACAGUAUUAUCUGAAAUAUAUUAACCCUUUUCAUGCUGGACAUGAUUGAUUCUGCCUUUGCGACCAGUGCAGAUCAUGAUCAACCUGCACAUCCGUGCAGUCGUAUCAUGAUCUGCACUGUUCACCAUUCAGUCGGUAUCUUUUUGGUAUGCACCCCUUUUAACAGUUAAUAGUACUGUCCAAAUUGAAAGAUGGACAAGUUCAUUAUAGAAAUUUAGCAGGGUAAGGGUUAAUUCUGCAUUCACAUGAAUAGUGGCAGUUAUGAUACUUGAACACCAGAUUUAUCUUAGUUUGUGCAAGUGUUUGGAGAUGUUAACUUUCAUAAAUGAUCACAUGAUGAAUGUUUUAACAGGUUUUUUUAUUCGAUGAUUAACCAGAACAGCAUUUCUUUAGUCUCUCUGAGAUUUUUAGUAAAUAUUAUUUAAACGUUAAAUUGCAAAAUGCUUUUAACACUUGCAUCCGAUUGACAGCAAUAAAAGCAACCAACAUUAGGAAAGAUAUAGAAAAUGUUACAGAAAUGAACAUUUUUAGCGCAUCUGAUUUUUUGGGGGAAAAAAAAAAAAUGAUGAGUUAUUGCCAUCACUUGAUCGGCGUCGGCGUUGGUGUUGCCUGGUUAAGUUUUAUGUUUAGGUCAGCUUUUCUCCUAAACUAUCAAAGGUAUUGCUUUGAAACUUGCAACACUUGUUCACCAUCAGUAGCUGACCCUGUACAGCAAGAAACAUAACUCCAUCCUGCUUUUUGCAAGAAUUAUGGCUCCUUUCGGACUUAGAAAAUAUCAGAUUUCUUGGUUAAGUUUUGUGUUUAGGUCAGCUUUUCUCUUAAACUAUCAAAGCUAUUGCUUUAAAACAUGCAACAUUUGUUCACCAUCAUAAGCUGACCCUGUACAGCAAGAAACGUAACUCUGUCCUGCUUUUUGCAAGAAUUAUGGCCCCUUUUGGACUUAGAAAAUAUCCGAUUUAUUGGUUAAGUUUUAUGUUUAGGUCAACUUUUCUCCUAAACUAUCAAAGCUAUUGCUUUGAAACUUGCAACAGUUGUUUACCAUCAUAAGCUGACUCUGUACAGCAAGAAACAUAACUCCAUCCUGCUUUUUGCAAGAAGUAUGGCCCUUUCUGGACUUAGAAAAUCAUGGGUAGGACAAUAUUUCUAUUAUACAGAGACAAAAAAAUCAGAUGAGCGUCUGCACCCACAAGGCGGUGCUCUUGUUAACAUGUAGGGGUGAUUUUUGCUCAAACGGCAGCAUUUGGGAAAGUACUUUAUGCACAAGUAAUGUAUUUGCCAUACAGAGCUUGUAUAUCUUUAUUUUGUCAUUCCAAUGUAACAGCAUAUUGAUAGGGCAUUUUAAGUUGAAGCAGCAUUAAACAAUCUCUGAAGGGUAGCAAACACUUGCAUUACUCGUAUUUUGUAUGAUGAACAAUUUUCACAGUACUUGUUGCCUCUAUCACAUAAAGUUUUGAUUGGGAGAAUAUUCUGUUCAUGUUUUAGUCAAUAUAGAUAUUUUGUGUUCUGUUAA